CGAGACAAAAAAUCCUUUUAUUAUGCGUUUUAUUUUACAUUUCGCUGACAAGUUUACCUCAGUCAUAAGCCGACUAUUGUAAGAUCGUGUUAGCCCAGUGUUUUGGUGGAAACGAUGUACGGAGGGAUGGAGGUCACCCGCCGCGGUUCUCGGGCGGUCCAGCAGAGGUCGCUGUUUCAGGCCGCUCUCGCGUAACGCCACAGCCGCAGAUGAUAAACAAACAUGCCGCUCGAGUGAAGGUGAACGCGAUGCUGCUGCUUCACCUGGUCUCCGUACUGACGGCGCUGGCGCGCGUCGGCGAGAGCUACACGCUCCGGAGCGCGGUGUCGUGGGCCGCCGCCGGGGACGCGGCGGAGGAAGAGCUGGACACGCACUCCGACGAGGCGCCCGCCGUGCUCGUCGACAACAUCGGCAUCUGGAAACCAGCCUACCCGUCCUCCGUGUACCGGGACGCCUCAGAGAAGAAACCCGAGCAGGUCUCGAAAAGCGAGGACGUGUCCUCCGCGUCCCGCGUGUUCUCGUACCGGAUGGAGGAGGUGAAGGCGCCGUCCAGCGUCUCCGCGCCCCCGCCGCACGAGGACACGGCGAGAGUCGCGCGCUACAUGGCGCACUACAGCGACUGGGGUCACCUGGCGACCAUCUCCACGCAGGAGCAGAUCAAGGGACUUCCUUUUGGAAACAUUUUCUCUGUAAGCGACGGUCCAGCAGACAACAGCACUGGGGUUCCUUAUUUUUAUGUGACGCCGAUGGACAACACUGUAACAGACCUUCGCAGCUUCCCUUUUGCCUCCUUAACAUUUUCUGAGGCAGAGGGAGAUUUCUGCAGGAAGCAGGUUUAUGACCCUGAGGACCCGAGGUGUGCCAGACUCACUUUGACUGGUAAAAUGGUGGAGGUGGGACCAGAAGAGCUUGACUUCGCCAAAGAGGCCAUGUUCUCCAGGCAUCCUGUCAUGAAGAAGUGGCCCCCUGGACAUAACUGGUUUUUCAUGAAGCUGGUUCUGCAGCAGGUUUGGCUUCAGGACUGGGUUGGAGGAGUCUCUGUCAUUCAGCUUGAAGAGUAUUUCAAAGCGUCCCCUUUCUGAGAGAAAAGAUCAACGAAAGAGCGGUAUUAGCAGAACCCACCUGAUUGUGUACAGAAGGUGGCCAUGCUUUUUGUUACAAACUACUUUUAACUGGUGUUUUUUCUGGCCACGAUGCCGGUUCAGUGCCUCUGAACAUAUUGCUGAGGAUUUAUUGAAUGUAUAAAUGACGUUAAAGGAAGCAUAGCAUUAUCUAUAAAACAAUUUCACGGCCGCUUAAUGUUGGAGAUCUUUAUUACGUGUACACCGCACUGAAAGGAAAGCCAUUCGUUCAUUAUAAAUAAACAAAUCUCUCAUGCUAAAUAAAUCUACCACAGGCCUUCAUACUUGAGUACACAGAGAUAGGGUAUAUACUGAAUAGUUGUUGAGUUCUCGGCCGUUUUCUCUGAAACGUCACUGUAUUGAAGGUUUGACAAUUCAUUAAUAGCUGAAAUGUGUGUGUGUUUGUGCGCAAAAGAUUUUUUCAUUGGUAUUUAUGGCAUCUAAUGCUCUUCAAGUUCAGUUUCAGGUCAGCAUUUAUACUUCUCAAGGACAGCGACUCACGGUACAGUACAUGACCUCAUGUGUUACACUACCUUUACGCAAUUACAAUGUAAUUGACACCUUAAUGAAAUAUCUCAAAUAUCUGUUUGUGCCUUGCGUUACCUCUUUACAAUGAUAUACAUGUGCUGCACAAUUACAAUAAAAGCAUAAAAAAUACA